GCUGCUACCCGACGCCAUUCUCCUGGCUGGCUGCCAUCCUCCUUGCUUUACCCAGAGACCCGAACCAGUCCAGAAUCCAGAUAUAAUUCAAUUCAAUUAUAUACCAAACAAAUCAAACAUAUUGAAAAAAGAUUCCUUCUUCCUCUUCCCCAACCCUACCCCUACCCCUACCUCGACCCCCACCCCUAUCCCUCCCAUCAGUCUGUCCGACCAUGAUUUAAUUUAACCACAACCAUUCAUCUUCUUCCGCCCCCUUGUGUUUUUUGUUUUUUUAAUUUUCUAAAUUUUCUUAUCUUUUGUGUGGUUUUCACUCCUCCUAAUCAGUAAUCAGGGAAGGAAAGGAAUUAAUAAUAGUAGUGGUAGCAGUAUUUCCCAUGGGGGGCUGCGCCAGUUCCAAGCUUGAUGACUCGCCGGCGCUGGCUCUUUGCCGAGACCGCUGCGCUUUUCUCGACGAGGCUGUCCGGCAGCGCUUCGCCUUGGCCGAUGCCCACUUAGCUUAUCUCCACUCCCUCAAAGCCAUCGGCUUUUCCCUCGACCUUUUCUUCAAUCAAGAUCCCGACGCUUCCCCUCCCUCCCCUCUUCUCAACCUCCCCCCUCAAAGGAAGGGGGACCCCUCCCCACCCUCCUCUUCUCCUCCCCCGGACAAAAUUAAGCACCAUCUCCACUCCCACUCCGACUCCGACUCCGAUUCAGAUGCGCAUCUCCACUUUGAUUCUGAUGAUGAAGACGGCUCUGGUUCGGAAUCCCUCCAUCAUCAUCAUCAUGAAGACGGGACUCCUCCCCCUCCCCUUCAGCAGCAACACCUCCCGUACGACAGCUAUUUGCCUCCCAUGUACGGCCAUCUGAAUCCAAAUCUUCCGGGAGCCGGCGGCGGGGGCUUUAUGAACAUCAAUUACAUGAAAAAACAACCGACGCCGUCUAUGGUGUUUGCUCAACGCCCCAUGAGUCCAGAAACUAUGCGAAUGGGCGAAUCGUCUUCUUACUAUCCUCAGCCUAUCUAUUCCAAUACCAACAAUCAGAACCCAAGUCAUUCAUACCCUUCUUACUACAAUUCCAGAAGUGAUUAUUCAAAUUAUCCUAAUUACGGUGCUGGAGGUGGGUUCUUCGGUGGGUCCUCUGCUCAGCAGGCAGCGUACGACGGUGGCUUUGCAUCUCUUCCGGGAGCGGGAGUGGCUUCCAGCUCCAAAGCCCCACCUCCUCCACCUUCACCCCCUAGGCCAUCGGCUUGGGAUUUUUUAAAUCCGUUUGAGAGCUUCGAGAAAUACUAUCCGACGUACACUCCAAGCCGCGAUUCUAGGGAGGUAAGAGAAGAUGAGGGGAUUCCUGAUUUGGAGGAUGAUGAGGAUGAGGUUGUGAAGGAAGUUCAUGGGGACCAGAAAUUUGUGGACAGUGGGAGAAGCAGCAAUUAUUCAAAACCAGGGAUAUCAGAACAGGAUGCUCGAGCGGUGAAUGAUGAGGUGCUACAGUAUAGGGGUGCUAGACAAAGUGUAGGGACUGAAAGUGAUCCUGUGGAGUAUGAGGUGCAUAUGGUGGAUAAAAAGGUGGUUGAUGCCGAGGGGGGCUCCAAAGAUAGGGGCAAUGCAUCUGGAUUUAAGCCACGGGGUGGCGGGUUCAAAGGAGACUAUGAUGUUGUCAGGGAGAUUAAAGUUCUCUUUGAGCGAGCCUCCGACUCCGGAGAUGAGCUUGCAAAGUUUCUUGAGGUUGGAAAGCUGCCUUAUAAACGCAAACAUGGUGGACAUCAGGUUUCUUCCAAGAUAUUGCAUUUGUCUGCGGUGUCCUCGCAACCUUCGACGUCUAAGGGCUCUGAUGCUACUGAUCCAGCUUCUUUGGAGAUUGAUAAAGAAUUGCAGCUGAGGUCGAAGACACUUUCUUCUACAUUACAUAAGUUGUAUCUCUGGGAGAAGAAAUUGUGUGAAGAAGUAAAGGUUGAGGAGAAAAUGAGAGUCCUCCAUGAGCGGAAGUCUAGAAAAUUAAAGCGUUUGGAUGAAAAGGGUGCUGAACCCCACAAAGUUGAUGCAACCAGGACUUUAGUGAGGAGUCUUUCGACAAAAAUUAAAAUUGCAAUUCAGGUAGUUGAUAAGAUAUCGGUGAAGAUAAAUACAUUAAGAGAUGAAGAGUUGUGGCCCCAGCUAAACGAGUUCAUUCAAGGGUUGACUAGAAUGUGGAAGUCCAUGCUUGAGUGUCACCAGAGUCAGUGUCAAGCAAUUACCGAGGCAAAACGAUUGGAUGCCAUUGCACUAAGAAAACACUUCAGCGACGAUCAUUUUGAAGCAACUCGGCAGCUUGAGCACGAUCUUAUCAAUUGGACUCUGAGGUUCUCUUAUUGGGUUGGCGCGCAAAAGGGCUAUGUCCAGGCAUUGAAUAACUGGCUGAUGAAAUGUCUUCUUUACGUUCCUGAAGAAACAGAUGACGGGACUGUGCCGUUCUCUCCUGGUAGAAUUGGUGCUCCUCCAGUUUUUGUUGUUUGUUAUCAAUGGUGGCACUUGUUGGAUAGAAUUUCUGAGAAGGAAGUUAUCGAUUCUAUGCGCGAAUUUGCUUCGAACGUCCUUCAGCUAUGGGAUCGGGACAAAGCAGAAAUGCGGCAAAGGAUGCUAUCGAGCAAGGAUGAUAGAAAAAUCAAGAGCCUGGAGAAAGAAGACCAGAAGAUACAGAAAGAGAUGCAGGCGUUGGACAAAAGGAUGAUGCUAAUUUCUGCAGACAGCAACGGGAUGCCAUUAACAGGACAUGUCGUGUACCAAAGUGAAACCACGAAAGGUGGGAGUCUACAGGCCAGUCUGCAACAUGUUCUUGAGGCAAUGGAAAGAUUUACGGCUAACUCGCUUAAAGUGUACGAGGAACUACUGCAACGCAUCGAAGAAGACCAUCUUGCUGGGGCGCAAGAAACUGCUUCUUCAUAAACGUUGAAUUCAUUGUUGCGACACCAAUAACCGACCACAGGCUGCAUUUGUUGGUGCACAAGAUCAUCGAUAAUAAUAAGAUGCAAUUGUGCAAUGAUUGAUUCAUUGUUGUGUGGGAAAAGAGACGAAGAAUCAAAACAAUACAAUAGAAUACCUGAGGUUGCAUCCAUUUCAACAGGAUCAAGCAUGGCAUAUUGGGGAUUGGUUGAUCAUCAAAGAAAGAAAGAAAAGAAAUGAAGAAAGGAAGCUUGUGGCACAUGUAAGUAGGUAUGUAUUGUGUUUGUAUCCAUGAACAUAAACGAAGGCAGCAAAGUUUUGAGAAGAGUGGAAGGUGUAUAAAAGUAGAAGCUACUUCCAUUAAUGGAGAAAAAGCAAGCUUUAAUUUUUAUGGGGAAGUGGUAGUGGAACUAUUGAUGUUUCUGUAGUGUACAGUAAAGUACAGUAUGGUAAGUAAGAGGCUGUUCUUAUUUUUGACAUUAUUAAGAAGACAUUGAAAUGCGAUUUGAGCUGAGGAA